CUACAACACACACACACACACACACACACACACACACACACACACACACGUGUCUACAACAUGCACAAGCAUACACACAUCUACAACAUGUGCACACACACACACACACAAACACACACACACACACCUAGAACACAUGCGCGCACACACACACAUGACCACAACAUGCACAAAUAUGCUUACACAUCUACAAUGUGCACAAACAUACACACGUGUCUAGAACACGCAAAAGCAAACACACACAUCUACAACAUGAACAAAUGCGCGCACACACACACACACACCACACACACACACACGUGUACGACAUGCGCAAAAACACACACACACGUAGAACAUGCACAAAACACACACAAGUGCGUACAACAUUCACAAACACACAAACAUGUACAAUAUGCAUAAACAUACACACACAGAUCAUGCACAAACACAUACACGUCUUUGUAACGCGCGCGUGCACACACGUCUAUAACACACAAACACACUUGUCUGCAACAUGCACACACUUGUCUUGAACGUGCAUACACACACACGCACGUGUCUGCAACACACACGCACACGUGUCUAGAACAUGCACAAACACACACAUCUGCAACACACACAUGCACACGUGUCUACAACAUGCACAAACACACCCUCACGUAUCUACAACAUGCAGAACCAAACACACACAUGUCCACAACGUGCACAAACAAACACACGUGUCUACAACCUGCACAAACGCGCACUCACACAUGUAUCUACAACAUGCAGAAACACACACGUCUACAAUGUGCACAAAAACACACACGUGUUUACAACAUUUACAAAGACACACACAUGUCUACAAGAUGCACAAAGACACGCACACACGUACAAUAUGCUGAAACACACACACACACGUACGACAUGCACAAACACACAUACACAAAUGUAGAACAUGCACAAACACACACACAUCUAUAAAGCAGACACACACACGUUGACCAUGCACAAACCCACACACACGUACAAUAUGCUGAAACACACACAUACACACGUACAACAUGCACAAACACACACGCGCACGCGCACACACACACACACACACACGUACAAUAUACAGUCCCCCCAGGAUUUCGCGGUCCUUUUUUGUGAUUGUUGCGGGCUAAAAUGUCUGAUGUUGCGGGGGGUUUUCCAAAAAAUUGCGAUGAAAGUUAUGGUGUUUUUUAGGUUUUUGUUGCGAUUACAUUGUGGGAGGAAGUGAAAGUUGAGAGAAAUUGUUGCGAUUUUACUGUACAGCUUGGACUUCAGAACAACCCAUGCACGUACUCCUUAAAUAUGUCUAUUUUUCAAAUUUGUAUGUUUUAGGUUCUUCUUAUUUCUUACUCUAUUUUACUAAUUUUGUGUAUUUUAAAAUUCUUUAAGCUCAUUCACAGGGACGUGUACCACAGAAUCUCCACAGAUAAAACAGAGUUAAAUAAUUGUUGGUGUUAAGUUUUCUUAAAGUAGGGAGAUGUUUGUUAGGUUUGUGGAUGGAGUCUCCAGUGUCAGAGGUAAAGCUGGAACUAAGUUUUCUGACAUCUUGAGGAUGGAGGAGCUUCCACUUCUUUAUCCAAAUGGGGUUUAUUGGGUUCCUUCCCCUCCAAGACAGCAGAGAGAGAGACUGGUGAGGGAACGACUGUUUAUAGCUGCUAUAACAUGAGGGACAACAGGAGCUAACUCGUUUCCCAGAAAUAAUAAUAAUAAUUCCUUUCAUAAAUAAAGAAUUGUAAUUGUUCUGAAAUCGCUGAGAAGAAUAAAGCGCCGCUCUCAUGGGAAAGUCCUGCGAUUUUCACUACACAGGCUGCGUUCCGGUUUCACUUCACUGGUACAACUGGCUACACGUUCUCUUUCACCCCCGACUGAUUUUCACUGAAUUGAGUUGAAUCGUUUGACUUCGCCACUUGCAUGUGGUUGAAUCCAUGAUGCAGGUGGAAACAAACUUCUCUACUAAUUUAAAAAAAAAUUAAAAAUUGUGCCCCCAAACUGAUUUUGAAAAGCGAAUGAGCAACCCUGCAUUGUGGACUUGGAUUGAAGCUGAACCUGUGUAAAUUUUGUUUAUUUAAAAUGGCACUGAGAGAUUUUGGGGGAAAUGGAACAAAACUGUCAUGUUUCUGAUCCGGGAUGUUUGUUUGUUUGUUUGUUUUGUUUUUUCCUUUUUUCUUUCUCCCUUUUCCAGCUGGAACGUAUUCUCCUGCUCAAGCUCAGUAUCAACCUUUAGUGCUCACCGCACCUGUGAUGAUGAACCCUGCCCAGCAGCAACAGGCUCCACCUCCUCAGCAGCAAGUCCCGCCCCAAAAGCACAAAAGGGAGCGCAAACAGCGCCCAUGGGAAGAUGUGCAAAGACAGCUGCGAGAAGGCUGUCCUUUCAGGAGGUUAUUAGUGAAAUCCUUAGAGAUGAGAAUACGGGACCCGAAUCAGGGAGGACGUGACAUCACGGAAGAUAUCAUAUUUGGAAGAAGGACCACAUCUACGCCCACCUCCUCAGCAUUCAGACUGAUCUCAGAGUUCCAUCCCCCUCCAGAAUAGGAGUGUAUGUGGAUCACAGUGCAGAAACUCUGUCCUUCUACAGCGUCUCUGACACGAUGAAGCUCCUCCACAGAGUCCACACCACAUUCAC